AUUUUUGCUUUGUUUUUUAAUAUUACAUUGGAUGUUGAUUUGUGUGAUAUGUGCCAUAUCCCUGGUGGCAAGUUGUAUCUUUUUAUGGUAAAAAGCAAACAGGCCACAGUUGCCCUUUCAUUGGGUAGUAUUUGAACAUCAACACUUUCACAGGCUUUCCUAAAUUUUGCAUGAUGCUAGUUAGUGAGGAGAGACAAACUGGGUUAACUGGAAUUAUUGUUUGCGGAUGCCUCCUGCAGCUGGAAGCAGAACUGGCUAGAGUUUGCCAACUCUCUUGAUUUCAUGUAUGACCCAGACCUGGAUUUGAAUCCAGCUCAGGAGGGGAAAGGUUGCAUGAUGGAAUCCAGAUUUUCCCAAGACAAGUUGCACAUUUUGGAUCAGUAUCGCUGAAGUUGGCUUCUGUUUGCCCAACACUAAAUCGAGUCUCUUGACAAGUCUGCCCAAAAAACAUAUAAAAUGGAUCUCAAAGAAAGCUGCCCGAGUGUUAGCAUUCCUAGCUCUGAUGAACACAGAGAGAAGAAAAAGAGGUUUACUGUUUACAAAGUGUUGGUCUCAGUUGGCAGAAAUGAAUGGUUUGUCUUCAGGCGAUAUGCUGAGUUUGAUAAACUCUACAAUACGCUAAAGAAGCAAUUUCCCACUAUGAACCUUAAAAUUCCAGCUAAACGAAUAUUUGGCGAUAAUUUUGAUCCAGACUUUAUUAAACAGAGAAGAGCAGGACUAAAUGAAUUCAUUCAGAAUUUAGUUAGACAGCCAGAGCUAUGCAACCACCCAGAUGUCAGAGCAUUUCUUCAGAUGGACAAUCCAAAGCAUCAGUCAGAUCCAUCUGAAGAUGAGGAUGACAGGACCAGUCGGAAGCUAAACUCUACCUCACAGAAUAUCAACCUGGGACCAUCUGGAAAUCCUCAUGCUAAACCAACAGACUUUGACUUCUUGAAAGUUAUUGGGAAAGGAAGCUUUGGCAAGGUUCUUCUCGCAAAGCGAAAACUGGAUGGGAAAUAUUAUGCUGUCAAAGUGCUGCAAAAGAAGGUUGUUCUCAACAGGAAAGAGCAAAAGCAUAUUAUGGCUGAACGUAAUGUGUUGUUGAAAAAUGUGAAGCAUCCAUUUUUGGUUGGAUUACAUUACUCAUUUCAAACAACAGAAAAGCUUUAUUUUGUUCUGGAUUUUGUUAAUGGAGGAGAGCUAUUCUUUCAUUUACAAAGAGAACGUUCCUUUCCUGAACACAGAGCCAGAUUUUAUGCUGCUGAAAUAGCCAGUGCUUUGGGCUAUUUACACUCUAUCAAUAUUGUAUACAGGGAUUUGAAACCAGAAAACAUUCUCUUAGACUCACUGGGACAUGUUGUUUUAACAGAUUUUGGGCUCUGUAAAGAAGGGAUUGCUACUUCUGACACCACUGCAACUUUUUGCGGGACACCGGAAUAUCUUGCCCCUGAAGUGAUCAGAAAGCAGCCGUAUGACAACACAGUAGACUGGUGGUGCCUUGGGGCAGUUCUUUAUGAAAUGCUUUAUGGGUUGCCACCUUUUUACUGCCGUGAUGUUGCUGAGAUGUAUGAAAAUAUUCUUCACAAACCCUUAAAUUUGCGCCCGGGAAUCAGCCUGACAGCCUGGUCUAUUUUAGAAGACCUCUUGGAGAAGGACCGACAAAAUAGACUUGGAGCAAGAGAAGACUUUCUUGAAAUUCAAAGGCAUCCUUUCUUUGAAUCUCUCAGCUGGACUGACCUUCUUCAGAAAAAGAUUCCCCCACCAUUUAAUCCUAAUGUGGUUGGCCCAGAUGAUAUCAGGAAUUUUGAUGCAGUAUUUACAGAAGAAAUGGUUCCGUAUUCAGUUUGCAUCUCCUCGGACUAUCAUAUUGUAAAUGCCAGUGUACUGGAAGCAGAUGAUGCAUUUGUUGGAUUUUCUUAUGCACCACCUUCGGAAGACUUGUUUUCUUAGGAGGUUAGGAAUUGGCAAAUGCCUCACAAAUACAACUCUUAAGAUGAACUAAAAUGUUAAGGCGUAAACAUAUUCCAAAAUAUGUGUACUUAGUGCCUCAUUUUAUAUGUAGGGUGAAAACUUAGGAACAGAUUUGCUCUGCUGUAUAUGAGAAAAUUGGGCAUUUUGAAUGGCUUUGUUUAGGAUGUAAACUGUUACUCCAGCUGCAUAGUAUAUUUUAAAAUGAAGUUCUUUAGAAGCUGUUCCUUUACAUUGAUCUGUUUUUAAGUAAGAACACUGACUGACUGUUUUCCUCCAGGUUUACAUUUAAUGCCUCUCCAGGAUUUGGCUGUCUUUAGUAGCAGCAAACUUAGCACACUUAUAAAUGCCUUUGUAAUUAUUUACAGUGACUUAUGUGCUUGAAUUGUAACUAUGCAACUGUCUUUUGUACAUCAUUUGUUGAAAAAAGAUAAAUGUUUUCCAAGUUUCAUCAAUUUUUUUAAAAUGCAAGUUCAUUACUUGACAGCACUUACCCUAAAUUUUAAUUCCUCAUUUAACUGUAAGGAUUCCUACAGAAUGAAAAGUUUCUCACUUGACUUGUUUAUCACCUUACUUAUAUUCAUCAUUACCUUGCUCUGGAAGUAAUCCAUUUUGAGGUGUAAAGGACUGUUCACAGAACAAGCUGGCACAAACUAACCCUAAAGGUUUGGGAACAUUACUAAUUGCACUGUCUAUAACUCUUACCUUUUCUAUGGUGAAACAUCUUAUUGACAAAAUUAUCAGCAUUAAAAAAUAUUCUUGGUUAAAAAAAUAUUUUUUUCCAAAGAUUUGUUGGGCGAUAAUUUAUUGCUACCUUUUGAAGGCAAUCUUGCUUAUGCCCUAUAGAAGGGAAAUGGUGCCAAAAAUUAGGUUUGUUUAAUUUCUUGUAUGUAUUUGAAAUACUAAUAUAUUCCAAAUUAAUUGUACCAAUAUUCAUAAUUGUUUUGUCUUUCUGUAUUUUAAUAUGUACCAACUCUUGGAUCUUCACUUGAUACUUGGGGGAAAAUAGCUAUUAAACUACCUUUUCGAUUAGUUCAGUAAUGUGAAAAUAUAUAUGCUGUACAUGGUGUGUGCUUGUGACAUACAGACACAUAAGUGAAAUGCUAACGUUGACCAACUUGUUUGAGACUUCAAAA